GAUAUCUGUCUUCUGCUUACUGACAACAGAGGAGAGGCAUCUUUAAAGACGACGUCCGUCUUCAUUAGAGAUGAGAGGAGCAGCUAUGAGUUUAACUGCAGCAGCGAGUGGAUUUGUUGUCUUCCUUCUCUCUGUGUCAGUGAUACAGGGUCAGAAUGGCUGGAGAGUGACUUACACCUCUACUCAGAUCUGUGCCUUCAAGGGAUCAGCAGUGGAAAUACGCUGCAGCUACACAUACCCAUCCACAAUAAAUGGCCUUGUUACCAAAGUUAAGAAAAGAUUCUGGUUUACUGAAUUAGGUAAUGGUGAAUCCGUGGAUCUGACAACAAUCUCAGAGUACACACAGCGUGUGCAGUAUCACUCUGAAAACAACGACUGUACUCUGAGAAUCUCAGACCUGAGAGAGAGAGACUCAGCUGAGUACAAGUUCAGGUUCAUAACAAACCAUUCAACAGGGAAAUAUACUGGUUCACCUGGAGUCACUCUGUCUGUUACAGAUCUCCGGGUGCAUGUUAGUGGAUUCUCCACAUCCUCUAACUGGGUAGAGCUGAAGUGUCAGAGCAGUUGUCCUCUACCUGGUCAUCCUUCCUACGUCUGGUACAAGAAUGGACAGAACAUUCAGGGACAAACAUCUGAUUCUUAUUCAGCCUACUUGGAUCCUGCAGACAGCUUUUCCUGUGCUGUAAGAGGACAUGAGGACUUCCCCUCUCCUUCAGUGUAUGGUCCAAAGCUUCCCUCUGUGUCAGUGAGUCCCUCUGCUGAGAUAGUGGAGGGCAGUUCAGUGACUCUGACCUGUAGCAGAGAUGCUAACCCAGCAGCUAACUACACAUACUGGUACAAGGAGAAGCCAGUCUUUAAAUCUCUCAGUGAAGGACCACAGCUCAUCUUCAGCUCCAUCCGGUCCUCUGACUCUGGACAGUAUUACUGUAGAGCUGAGAAGGAAUUAGGGAAAUACAUCAAUAUAAAUGUAAAAUGUGAGUAA